AUGUCUGGCUACGGCGAUUACAACCAGGGCUACAACCAGCAGGGCCAGGGCUACGGCCAGCAAGGCCAGGGUUACGGUCAGCAGGGCUACGGCCAGCAGGGCGGCUACGGCCAGGAAUCCUACGGCCAGCAGCAGCACCAGCAGCAGCAGGGCCAGGGUUCUUCCAACGACUACUACAACAACUCUGGAUCCCAGCAGCAGUAUGGUGGCCAGCAGCAGCAGUAUGGCGAGCAGCAGCAGGGUUACGGCCAGGACUACAACCGCUCCGGAUAUGAUCAGCAGCAGGCUCCCGGCCAGGCUCAGGAUGGCGAGCGUGGUCUUGCCGGCGCUCUCGCUGGCGGUGCCGCCGGUGGUUUCGCCGGCCACAAGGCCAACCACGGCUUCCUCGGAACAAUCGGUGGAGCCAUCAUCGGCAGUAUCGCUGAGGAUGCCAUCAAGAAGCACAAGCGCGACUCUAGCCCCGGUCAUCACGGCCCUGGCGGCCCCGGUGGCCCCGGUGGCCCCUACGGCGGUCCUCCUCCCAGCCACAACGGCGGUGGUAACAUGAUGGACCAGCUCGGUGGUUUCUUCAAGAAGUAA